UCUGGGCGGGAGCGGGCUGAGGUGGGGAGGAGUGCCCCCCCUACAGAAAGUGAGGCCGGAGCGAAUGGUACAGUCCGGCCCUGCUCCUCGCUGUUUUUGUAUCUUCUGUAGAGCGGAUUCAACCGCCAAGUAAGUUACGCUCUGCCGUGGUUAGCCGAGGAAGUUAAAGAGAGCACUUUCUUUUCUUUUUCUCUCCCUUUUUUAUAUAUUAAAUAGAGGAAGAAAAAAAAACUGGAUUUAUUUUAGACACGGAUAUACACACAAGCUGCGAGACUCGUAACAUGUAGUGAGGGCUAUUCGUGUGUUUUUUUUAUUAUUAUUUAUUUAUUUUUUACUUCGCUCUUAAAGGGAAUCUGUUUUAUUUGUGAGACACUGUUAUUAUCACUGUUUAGCUAACUCCGUUAAAGCCUCAUGUUUUCGUCGAGCCAAGAGGAGCACUGCGCCCCGUCCAAAGACCCGGUGAAGUACGGGGAGCUGGUGGUUCUCGGGUACAAUGGCUCUCUGCCCAAUGGAGAUCGGGGUAGACGGAAAAGCAGAUUUGCGCUUUUUAAGAGGACCAAAGCCAACGGUGUUAAGCCGAGCACCGUGCACAUCCUCAACACACCCCAGGAUAGCAAGGCCGUGAACUGUAAAGGCCAACACAGCAUCUCCUACACGCUGUCCCGGCACCAGACGGUGGUGGUGGAGUACAGCCAUGACAAAGACACAGACAUGUUUCAGAUCGGACGCUCCACGGAGAACCCGAUAGACUUCGUGGUGACGGACACCGUGGCGGGAGGCCAGGACGGGGAGGAGACGCAGAUCACGCAGAGCACCAUCUCCCGCUUCGCCUGCAGGGUCGUCUGCGAACGCAACCCGCCCUUCACCGCACGCAUCUACGCCGCUGGAUUCGACUCCUCCAAGAACAUCUUCCUAGGGGAAAAAGCAGCGAAAUGGAAGAACCCCGACGGCCACAUGGACGGGCUGACCACCAACGGGGUGCUGGUGAUGCACCCUAAGGAGGGCUUCAUGGAGGAGUCCAAGCCCGGCGUCUGGAGAGAGAUCUCCGUUUGUGGAGAUGUCUACACUCUGAGGGAGACCCGCUCAGCGCAGACCCCAGGAAAACUGGUGGAGAACGAGAGUAACAUCCUGCAGGACGGCUCUCUGGUGGAUCUGUGCGGAGCCACGCUGCUGUGGCGCACCGCGGAGGGCCUCUUUCACACUCCCACCCAAAAGCACCUGGAGGCCCUCAGGCAGGAGAUCAACGCGGCGCGCCCCCAGUGCCCCGUGGGCCUCAACACGCUCGCCUUCCCCAGCAUGCAGCGCAGCCGGGCCCUCUCCUCGCUGGAGGACAAGCAGCCCUGGGUCUACCUGGCGUGCGGCCACGUGCACGGCUACCACAACUGGGGCCACCGCUCCGAGCGGGAGCCCAACACCCAGCGGGAGUGUCCCAUGUGCCGGGUGGUGGGGCCCUACGUGCCGCUGUGGCUGGGCUGCGAGCCGGCCUUCUACGUGGACACGGGCGCACCCACCCACGCCUUCGUGCCGUGCGGACACGUGUGCUCGGAGAAGUCGGUCAGGUACUGGUCGGAGAUCCCGCUGCCGCACGGCACCCACGCCUUCCACGCCGCCUGCCCCUUCUGCGCCACCCAGCUGGGCCCCUCCCAGGGCUGGUCCAAGCUCAUCUUUCAGGGCCCGGUGGACUGAGAGGAGGAGGAUCUCCGCUGCGGGGAGGGGGGGAACAUUUGGACGUUUGGACACACCGGCCUGGGAGUGGAACCGGUCCGCCUGAGUUUUUGGCCGUCUAACCGUGGAUCCUGUUUAAGCAGAGAGCGAAAAAACAAAAAAAACACAAACGGCAGGGGGACACUGUCCAGACAGCAAGUUGUUGUUUUUCUAGGCUCCAGACCGCUUAAUCCACACUACCAGCAGAUUGCCGUUGAAGAAAGGCUCUUGAACGAAUGACUUAUUUCUCCCACACAGAACACAGCGCUCGGUCUGCCGGGAGGGAAAGCAGCUGUUUUGGUUUCUGAUGGGCCGGGGAUGAAGCUUUUUUACAGAGCCAGACAGCUGGACUGCUGGCUGGGAGAAAAGCCGGGAGAGAAACUUUGGGCUCAUCUUGGCCGUAAUCUCUCACCGGCACCCAGAUCUUCAGACGCGCCACCAGUGGCUUCCAUUCACCGAAUGGAGGAAGAGAUGCAAUCCAGUGCCUGAGAUCCCGUCAAAAAGCGGGAGUAUUUUUAUUAGAAAUUGAAAAUAUAUAUAUAUUUUGUGGACGGUAAAGAAAGAGACGACGACCCGCGUGUGUUUUGCUACGCCAGAGGCUGUUGAAAUGUUUUGUAACCCAAAUGUUAAUAUAUUUUUUUCUCCUUCGUAUAUAACGUGUGUGAGAAUGAGUGCUGGCUCGUUAGGUGCGUGCGUGCGUGAGGUUUUUACCCCCCCCCCGCGUUAUUAUUUUUACCCCGACCGCUAAAUAUAAUCUCACACGUCGACCCAAAGCGCUAACAGAGGCGUCACAGGAAGGAGGUCGCUACGUUUCAGAACGACGGCGUGGGAAUGAAGCUGCGCUCCUCACCGCCGCCGCUUUAAUUACACGACCCGCUUUUCUCGGUUAAUGGCAGUGUGACGUUUCGGGCUCUGGCGCUGACACCUACGCCGCUGUUAGCUCUGUCCUGCGUCGGGUCUGAUCCAAGGACUCGGUUGGCUGUGGAGUCCUGGGCGCCGUCUCGGCAGCACUGUGAGAUUAUAACACAAGGGACGGCUUUAGAGACCCAAAGUGUUCCUGUGAGCCACACGGCUGCAGGGUUCCUACACAGCCCCAGGGCAACGUACAGGUGUCCAGUUAGUUACAUUAGAGAACGCGAAAACACAUUUAGACUCUUCUCCGUGUUCCAUUUGUGAGAAAAUGAACAUCUGAGUUUCUAAUAACUUGCUCAAAGUGGGUGGAGUGAUGUUCAAACUGAUUGUUUAGAAGAUACGGUGUGUGAAAGCAGAAGUAGGCUCCAACAACUUCUUUAAUUCUGAAUUUCUGCCGUUUACGUCAUAUUAAGUGAGAUGAAAUGUAUUUUAUCUAUUAAAAAAAACUAUCCAACCGCUAA